AUGAUCUACACCUCCAUUGUCUUGAAUACCCUGGGGGUGUCAUGUCUGGCCAUCGCAGUCCUUGCAAAGGCACCGACGCACCAAUCUGCAAAGUUCGUCUUUUCCACCUUCUACGAUGGCACGGGAUUGCCGGGUCAGGACGGGUGGAGCAUACGAGCGUCUCCGGCAUAUGUGGCCGCCGUCGGAGUCCUGAUGUCGCAGUACACCAUUUUGGGCUUUGAUGCUUCAGCCCAUCUGUGUGAGGAGACGAGGAAAGCCGUCAGGGAUGCUCCGUUGGGGUUGCUUUCGGCGAUUGCAGGGUCGUCUGUGAUUGGAUUCUUUUUGAUCGUCGCUCUGCUAUUUUCGAUUCAGGACUUCCAGGCUGUCAGAACCAGCCCGCUACCAGUGUUGAAAAUCUUGAUGGAUGCAUGUGGUGAAGGAGGUGGAUUGGUGCUCAUGGUCCUGAUCAUGCUUUGCGUCUGGCACUGCGGUCUUUUCAGCCUGACGUCCAACUCCCGCAUGAUGUUCGCCUUCGCCCGUGACGGCGGCAUUCCGCACCGACUGCACAUCAUCGACCGCGGCUUCCACUCCCCGAUCCGCACCGUCCUCUUCGGCGCCGGCUGUUCCUUCCUCCUCGCUCUCCCGUCCCUCGGCUCCACCGUCGCGUUCGACGGCACGACUUCCAUCGCCACGAUCGGCCUCUACCUAUCCUACGGCAUCCCCAUCGCCAUGGGCCUCGCGUACCCACGCAAUUUCAAACGCGGGCCGUUCAACCUCGGCUCCGCAUCCAAGCCCCUCGCCACCGUCGCCUGUCUCUGGAUUGCCUUCAUCACUAUCGUGUUCUGCCUGCCGGCGGAAAACCCGGUUACGCAACAGACGCUCAACUACACGCCCGUGGCCCUGGCGGUGGUAGGCGUCUUCGCCUUCGGCUCGUGGUUCCUAUGGGCGAGACAUUGGUUCACGGGGCGGUGUAGGCAUCAUUGCAGGAUCUGCAUUCGGCAGUUGGACUUCCUGGGCGAGGAGAUGGUGUACAGAUCCGACACCGUGGACAGCGAUGGCCAUCAACGGCUGAAGAGUAACGAGGGCACCAACGACGGCUUUCAGCCCAGUGAUCCCGAUUUCAGGAAAAGAGGGGAAAGUAGAGGCGGGUUGAAGAAGGCGGGUGAUCAGAAAAUCUCCGUCGGGAGGGAAUUCGAAGUCUACUCCGCUCCCGCGAGAGAAUACGAAGAAGUGGGCGAAAUGUAA